UCAUAAGCGGAACUCGCGUAUAAUGGCGGAGGUUGUGUUUUUUACAAAACGUAUAAUUAAAUGCGGUAAUGUCUUUAUCAUAAAUGGUUGAUUUCGAACUUAUAUUUUAUUAAUAUUAGUUAGGUCUCGUUUUGAAUGUGAAAUAAUGGGACUGUAAAGCUUUGUUGAGGAUGGAGAUUGUGUACGUUGUAUCGAUAGACUUAUUGAAUUAGUGUAUCUGAGGACUGUGCGAGGAGUCGGUGGCCGGCAUCGUAGCCGAGAGGGUGGCGGCGACGAUACAAGAUGGGCGCCCAGCAGGCGAAGGAGCGUGGAACUUCGAGCGGCGCGUCCAUGCGCUCGGCCCGGAGCAAGCCGCGAGUACCGAAGGACCCCCGCAUGCUUGGCUCGAACAUAUUCACUGAACACAGCGAAGCCCUUCUGCAAAGUCGGCCGCUGCCUCACAUCCCUGAUUUGUCGGACGGAGAAGGCGCCUCCGCCGCGCCCGCCACCCCACAACCGCUCGAUAGCGCGAACAGAUGGACUUCGAAAGAAAAUUUACUGGCGCACCACGAGGAAGAUGACCCUCAGCUAUUCGUUGCUCUUUACGACUUCCAAGCGGGCGGCGAAAACCAACUUAGCCUCAAAAAAGAGAUUGUUAUCGCAGGAGAGCAAGUGCGUAUAAUGAGCUACAAUAAAAGCGGCGAGUGGUGCGAGGCGCACACACUGUCCGGUGGCGUUGGAUGGGUGCCAAGCAACUACGUAACCCCGGUUAACUCCCUGGAAAAACAUUCGUGGUACCACGGGCCUAUAUCGCGCAAUGCCGCCGAAUAUCUACUCUCUUCAGGCAUCAAUGGCAGCUUCCUCGUACGCGAGUCCGAGUCUAGUCCUGGCCAAAGAAGUAUAUCAUUGCGAUAUGAAGGUCGCGUCUACCAUUACCGCAUUAAUGAGGACUCCGACGGCAAGGUGUAUGUAACGUCUGAGUCCAAGUUCGGUACGCUGGCGGAGUUAGUGCACCACCAUUCAGUGCUCGGCGAUGGGCUUAUAACCCAGCUGCUGUACCCGGCGCCCAAACGUAACAAACCCACCGUGUUCCCACUGGCGCCGCCCGACGAGUGGGAGAUCGAUCGCACCGACAUCGUGAUGAAACACAAGCUAGGUGGUGGCCAGUACGGUGACGUGUACGAAGCUGCGUGGAAGAGGUGCAGCAUGACGGUGGCAGUGAAAACUCUCAAGGACGACACAAUGGCCCUAAAAGAUUUCCUCGAAGAGGCGGCCAUCAUGAAGGAGAUGCGUCACCCGAACCUGGUGCAACUUCUGGGGGUGUGCACCCGCGAGCCGCCGUUCUACAUCAUCACGGAGUUCAUGAGCCGCGGCAACCUGCUCGACUACCUGCGCACCGGCAACCGGGAGCACAUCGACGCUGUGGUACUCAUGUACAUGGCUACGCAGAUCGCUUCAGGCAUGAGCUACUUGGAAAGCCGCUCCUUCAUUCAUAGGGCUAUCGCAUGGAAUGUCCACCCGGCUGCCCGGCUGCAGUCUACGAGUUGAUGCGAGGCUGCUGGCAGUGGAGCCCUGCUGACCGCCCUUCGUUCCGCGAAAUACAUCACUCCCUCGAACAUAUGUUUCAAGACAACUCCAUCACUGAAGAGGUAGAAAAGCAGCUCCAGGAAGGCGUGUGCGGAACUCCGCAGAUGUCGAUCAAGAAGGCGGGUCUGGGCGCGUCCGCGGCCAUGGGCGACCGCGGCGUGCAAAUGCGCAGACCCACCAACCGGCGCGGGAAGCAGGCGCCCACUCCGCCCAAGCGGACUAGCCUAUUGUCGUCGUGCAGUUCGUUCCGCGAGUCGCAGUACGCGGCAGAGGAGCAUGGCGGCCACGACGACGGGCUGGCUUCGCUCAAUGGCGGGGGUCGGGGGGGUGCUCGGGAGGCGUCGUCCGAAGGUUCGUUGGCCGAAGCGACGCCCGACACGGACGAGUCGGGCGCGGGCAUGGGAGUGAUGGAGCACCGACAUCGCUCCAAGCGCAGGCACCACGGCCACGGGCAAGCGAGCCACCAGCACCCACCCGUGCACGACAUUGCUCCUAAGCCAGGAACGCAAGUCGCAGCGCUCGAAGUGCAGAACGUUAAACGCGCUAUAAACAGAUACGGCACAUUGCCCAAAGUAGCCCGGAUAGGUGCGUACUUGGAGUCGUUGCGACAGAGCGGCGGCGCCGGCGGCGGCCCGCCGUGCACCAGCGUGCCCCGGGAGCCGCCGCUGCAGGACGAGGCGCGCUCCCUGUCCCCGCGGACGGCGCGCGCGCAGCCGCACAUGAUCCGCUCCAACUCGUCCGGCGGCGUGACGGCCCCUGCCCCCGCCUCGCCGCGCGCCCACCGCGCUGCGCCGCCGCUGCGCUCCUUCACCAACAGCCCCGCCAAGCCGAGGCCGAGACCGAGGUUAGCGGAGCUGGAGUUCCCCCCUCCGCCGCCGGAUCUGCCGCCGCCCCCGGAGGACUCGGCGCAACCGCCCCCGCCCCCGCCGCCGCCCGACUGUUGCCGGGACGCCGGCACGGACACCACCGACCGACUCGACGACAUUCACGACGUCGCACACGAUCGUUCUGACGUGGAAGAAAAACCAGCCAAGCAAAUAAUGAAGGAGAUGCUCGAGCUCAAACUGGUAGCUGAAAUUAAAGAACUAGCUGACAAAAAGAAACACCGCCUAAAAGAGUCGCCACCGCCCAACGAACUUCUCGAGAUGCAUACGUCUUUCGGCGAUCCAGUCACGCGACUUGUGUCUGAACUCUCCGAGAGUCUAAACAUGGAAGCCCUGCGCAAAUCUGACAAAAAGAUGGAGAUUCCGAAAACUAUCGACAACGGCAAGGAAUCUAUUUCGCCGAUCGACCUCAAAGCUAGCCUCAGGAAGACGUCGUUCGGUAGCAGUGCCGACAAAAAAUGCGAACCAGAAGCGAAGGCGAAUACAAAUUACAAAUCGCAGCUUAAAAAAGUUGAUACAAAUAAAAUUAAUAGCAUCACUAAGGACGCCGAGGAGCCUGGUCGGUCGAUUAUUGAUUUUAAAUCUCGCCUACGAAAAGUAGACGGUGGAACUUCGGCGACAAACGGAACAACGAAGAAACUCGAACAAGGUUCACCAGAGGAUUUUAGGAAGGAUUUGUCGAGCAAGAGCGACGACUCUGACAAGAAACGUUCCGACAGUGGAAUACACGAUACGAGUGGAGGAGACGAGGAAGACAAGAGACGAAGCACCGGCAGCAUUAGUAGUUUGAAGAAGCUAUGGGAGAGUAAAGAGUGUGACGAGCGAUUGAGUCCCAAGAUGCGACCGCGAGGAGAAGAGAGUGAAGAAGGUUCGCCGGAGGAAAAGAGCAGCGGUGCGCUCGGCCGCAGCGGAAGCAUGCAGGCCCGCCGAGGCGAGGACAAGCCCGCUGUGGCUAGCAAGCCGGCUAUGAGGGCACGGCCCCUCGGCAAGGGAGGAAUAUACGCCACUCCUCUCGCACCGCCAGCUUCUGACGAAGAUGGAGAUGCCCUCGCGCCUCUACGAGCCUCCUUAGAGUGGUGCACAAAUGAGGUGCGUCGCGGUGGCGGGCGCGGCUCGCUGUGGCGCCUGCAGACAUCGGAGCGGCUGGCGCGGCUGGGCGGAGCGUGCGCCACAGCAGCUGCCGCCAGCCGCUGCGCGCCGCAGCUCCGCGUGCAGCUACGAGCCGCCGCCGCACGCCUGGAGGCGGAGGCGCGCGCGCUCGCCUCGCCCGCGCCGCACCACCACCACCUGGCCGACGGCGUCGAGCAAGCGCUGCGCGACCUCGCCACCAUCGUGCACAGGUAAACAGGAUAAUGGAACACCAGGCCUCACUUGUUGAACCCUGGCUACGGACAACUCAGAUGUCAGGCACCCAUUGCGACUGGUCGCAGAUUGAAUACCAAGGAGACCGCUGUAAAUACGAGCAUCUUACUCAACUCCUUUACUUGAAGUCCAUAGUUUCCAUGUUUCGGAUAAAUGACAUUCCAUAAUUCGAGAAUGAUGAGAAAUAUACAUUUUGUCCCAUUGUAUAUCAACUGAUCGUCAAACACUUUACCAUUCCACGCGUAAACGUACCACCGUUACUUCGUUCAUGUAUUUGAAGUCGACUUCCGUCAGUUCCAACCAGAACUGCUCGAUAUUUGUUUACAUAAUUGCUGCUAAACGAUUUGUUCAUAUUGAUGAAUCGAAUUCUAUAUUAAUAUUCAUUUGUAUAUAAUAAUAUAAUACAUAUAUUAUCAUCUAUAAAUUUAAAUCGAAUUAAUAAUGAAAUCGCCGUCUGGUUUUGACAUUAACUAUUUAUCAUUAAAAAUAUAAUUUUAUCUUAAAUAUAUAAUAACAAUACAAAAUAUAGAAAAUAAGUUUUACUUGGUAGGUUAAAGCUGUUCUAUGUUUAUGUAAUUGUUUUAAGUAUUGACUGCACCUUAUAUAUGUGCAAAAGGUGAUGUGGAAAAGUGGGCAUGAUAAUGAGAUUUUUUGUGUAUUUGUGUUAUGUCUAGCGAUAUUCCUUCCCGCCUUCUUAUAUAUAUACAAGGUGUGGCGCUAAUUGUGCAGUCUAUGUGUUGUCCCAUACUUAUAUUUGCGUUAACUGAGUGUCUAUUGUUGAUUUUUCUAUAAAAUUGUUCUAAAUGACCCCAAAUUCCAUCAGAUAAUUAACAGGUUCCCAUAGGCAUUAUUUUCGUUUCAGGGAUCCUUCUAAAUAUCCCGCAAUAGCAUUUAAAAAAAUAUAUAUACUAAUGUACAAAGUAGCUCAUAUAAUAACGUCGUUGUAGAGAAAGUGUAGGUGUACAAACACUGAACAAAUCGUUAAGCAGUGCCAGUCUAACACACAUUAUUUAUAAUUACUAACGCAAAUUAAAAACCAAAGAGUUUAUCCCAGUUCCGUUGACAUCACGCUGCCGAGAUUUGUUCCAUGGUAUAAAUACCAACGUAAUGUACUCUUUAUUUAAUUAUAUACUCGUAGAUAUAUUCUCAAUGUAUAAUAUUUAUUUAAUUAUAUUAGUACAAAAACUUACAAGUAACAAUUACCGUCACAAACUAGAUCGAUACAAGUACAACAUGAAUAGUGGAGGAAAAUCCCCAGUCAAUCACAAAUAGUUAACUAUAAGAAUGGGAGCUUCUUGGCGCUUUAAAUCUUAUAAUUAACUCUCGGUGCUUGGUAGUUGGGAAAAUACUGUACGAGUUACAUUAAUAUGUAUUAUGAAAAAGUAUUUAAAAAUAUCACCAACCUGUACGGUCUCAUCACCUAUGAAAGUGUCGCGACUGAAUAUGCCGGCUCCUCCCUGGCUACACCUACCCCUAACCAACCACCACGACGCACCCCAACGCACAGCCUUAUUCCACUUGCUCACCACUAGUUGUAAUGUCUGCCCAACUGGACCAGGCACUUCGAAUACUUGAGGCGGGAGAUCGGCCAUGCACCAAACGCAAGCCACUCGGGAAACGAAGUCAAAUACCAAAUUCCGGGCAGACUUACUGUAGGCGUCAAGUCAAACGUCCAAUAAAAGUGACCAUCAGAAGCCUAUCUUAUGACACCCCCAAAGAGGAAGACAUCAAGGGGCUCCGAGAUUUGGGCUUCCCACCGAGACCGAGAGAAGAUUUGUUUUCGCAGCAACCACUCUACGACGCUCCAGCUAGCACAAGAAUAGUACUCCCAGUAGGAGACAUAAGAGGAAGAACCCCACUCACUCCACGGUCGAAGUCUUUCUCGACAUCCAGAACGCCUUCGACGCGACACACCGGUCUCCUGGCAAAACCCCUGGUCAACACCAGCAUACCACCAGCUAUGGUACGCCUAGUAGAGUCGUACCUAGAGCGUCGGACCUUCCACGUCUCCGUAGAGGGAGAAGAAUCCCAGCCUGUACCUUCACCGUGUAUGUACGCUGUUUACACUAACGAUAUCCUUUCCCGCGCCGACCACCUGCGCGAUAAGCUCCGAUGUACACCGGUAAUGACGUCAUAACGAAAAAUCGCAGUCCACGUAGGCCAGAUGAAUUGACAUCCAGUUAUACUCUUGGGCUGAAAUUCCUCAGCCCGAAAGGAGCUGGAAUAACAUGAAAUCCCCGCCCUUUACCCGGGGUAAGGGGAUUUAGCCUAGAGGCCCAUACACCCGACCGCAUUUUUAUUUGAGAGGAGAUGUCCUGCCUGCAAGUAUUUUACAAUUAAUUUGAUUCAUAAUUAAGACUGAUCAAGACUAAGUAUUCUCGGGGUAUAUUUUACGUGCAGUUGUUGGUGAUAAUAACAUCUUAGAUUUGUUAACAAACUUUAUAUAGGGUUGAAUAGGGAUGCAACCGAUACAGAUAUCUAUAUAUUGGCGAUAUCUUUGUUUUUCAGUAAAUCAGAAUCGAGGAUGUUAAUUUGUGUAAAUACCAAAAAUGCUCCUUUUCAUAGUGAUAUACAAAAAUAUUUUUCAGUAUAUUACUUAAAUAAAAUUGAAGUAUCUAUCUGUGAUUACGAGAUUUCUCAAAAGCUUAUAAUUAUUCACAAGAUACUAAAACACAAUCAAAUUUUUGUCUGUCUGUCAGUUUGUCCGGGCUAAUCUCUGUAUUUCACGCGGCGUCCGCUAGUUUAUCAUAAAAGUUGGCUGCAUCUAGAAAGGAUCCAAAUCGGUUUUUAACUAUUAAGACUAUGUUAGAUAGUUUAGUAACUGAGUGUAUAAAAUCUUUUAAAGCCGGAACUGUCUGCAUUGAUAUGCAGGUAUUCUUGAAACUUUUGUAUAAAUAUCGAAAUUGGCAAUAUAUUGGUAUAUGUAUUAUAUCGGCAAAAAUUUUUAGUAUUGCAUUCUUAGGAAGGAUAUCAAACGAAGUGUCACUAUGAUUUGUGAUUUUUUUAUAAUAUGUUUAUUUAGAUUAGCAAUGAAAAAUCUUUGAUAAAUUGUAAAGGAUUAUGAAAAGUGAUCAUGUCUAAAAUAUAAAUUUAGUAUUGUAAAUUUUUACAACUUUAGACUUUCUUAUCUGCAUACAAUAUUUACCAUUUAUUUGUAAAAUAAUUAAAUUUUCAGUAUAAUAUUUACUAUAUAACAGAAUUAUUUCCUACUCGCAUUAGAAUAAGAUCGCGACCUAUCUUGACCUUCCCUUAAUUCAUUAUUUCAUUUAUAUUUACAUUUAUAUAAACCUGAUAGUGUAAUAUAACAUUAACUCUUUUUUAAUUAAUAGCAAAAACAAUAAUGUUAUUUAUUGUAAGUGGAAAAAAUAAUAAUAUAGAAACUCGAUAAGAGGAGGUCAAUGUGUAUCAAGAUCUUAUACUAAAUAUUAUAAUAGGGUUGUAGUGGCUUUUCAAAACACAAUACGAAUAACAUAAACGCCUAAUUUUAUUCAGUACAUAAUUAUUAAAUUCUGUACGUGGUAUUCACUAUAAAUGUAAUCUUUUAUAGGUUAAUAUAAACUGGUAGCGUGGAAAUAACUUCUUAGACAUAUUUAAAGUUAUUUUAUUCCGUACAAACAUUUUCCGUCGAAUUAAUUACGUAAUUAUGUAUCUACAAAAAUAGAGUACUAGUGAACGAAUUGUUCCUGGACCAUAAUUGUAUAUACAAUAAUUUUACUUCCAGACAUUCAUAUUUUUAAUUAACUGACAUGAUUUCUUUAUUACAUUAUAUACUUGAAAUGAUAAUUUACAUUUAUAUUUCAUUAUGUAUUAGUUCAGUAUUAAAUUUACUAUAUUGUUAUGUAUACCUGACAAAUAGUGCAAUGGUAUAAACAAAUGCUCUUUUUAAUGUUUAAUAGUAAUUCAUAUGUAAAGAUGUUUUUCAGUGCCAAAUAUUUUCGUCUGACUACAUUUAUACGGGUCUUAGGGUAUAUUCACAUUGAUUGAGAUGUGCCAUGUGCCACUGUCUUAAACCAUUUAUGUACCAUAGACAAAGGAGUAAUUGUUGAUGUCUCCAAUGUAUAACGAUGCUUCUAGUAUGUAUAAAUAACAAGACUCAUAGUAUUUUUACUUAAGGUUGUUAGUAAUUUUACGAAGUCGGUAACAGAUUUUAUAACACAUUUGCUCGUAAAGUAUCGCUUAUUUUACCAAUUUCAAUAUCGUAAUGUAUCUCAUUACGCACAUGUGCCGUAAUGUAAUAUAAAACUUUAUUUAUCCGUCUAAAAGCCAAUGGUACUUUUUCAAGUCUUAGCAAAUAGUAUGUUUAUGUAAGAAAAAGUGCUCAAAUAUUUUAUGAAUAAAACUAACUUUGUGAGAUAAAAUAUAAUAAAUAAAAAUUUUAAUUUUAAUAAUUUUGACAAUAUAUGACAACAAAAAAUUUGUAACAGAAACAAAAUAUUAAUUUACUUUAUUAGUAAUACUGGCUGUUUUUGUUGAAUUCGCCGAAAAAAAAAACGCACGCACUACGCUAUCUGUGCAAAAAUGUCAAUGAUAUGUUUCCUUAUGAUAACAUCAAAAUGUCAUCUAUAGAAAACAGGCAAAGAUGUAAUUCAUUUUCAGAAAGUGUGUUCAAAGUGUGUUUCCUCGCAAAUGUGUUAUAAAACGUCUUAUGAUAUACGUGCGCUUUGAUAAUUACAGACUCUGCUUCCCUACUAUAGCUCUCGCCUUUGGCUCGAGCUGCAAUAUCGCCUCGGCUGUAAUUUUCAACUUGCCGCACUUAUAUCAUAAUGUACUAUUACGAAGUCUGUAAAAUAUUUUGAAAAUAGAUUUAACAAUCUUAUCUUGUGCCAUAAAAUCGUUGUACGAUUAAUAAAUUAAAUAAUAAAAAUUAUAUCUAUGAGAACUGAGAACUUAGUACUGAGAUGAGCCAUUACAUUAAAAGUUAUAUGAAAUCGUAGACAAAGAAAGUAACAGACGACUGAUUGACUGUUGUCUUCUGUCUUUUACAGAGUCCACGCAUAAGUUGGUCUCUUUUAUAAGGAACGCGAUUAAUGCUUUACGACCGUCUACUUGCCUACUUCUCUGUCUACAUAUAAAAUGGCACUUGGUACACUUGGACGUCAGUUUGUAUGUACCCUAAGAAAUGUCACAUUAAACUUAAUUGUUUGGACAACAUGAAAAUAGCAGAUACUGUAAUAGUAGAAAUAAACUUAAUCAUUAAUAGGUGUUAGUUGAUUGUUAUAUACCGAGAUAAAUAGUGUGUGUUGUAGGUGUAUUCGUUGAAUAUAUACGAUCUAUGCCUAUUACUAUACAACUUGUAUUAAAAUUUAUAUAUAUACCGCUGCAGUAAGCCUCAACUGUAAGUUUUUUUAGGCUAGAGUAAUAUAGGGCUAUUCCAAAUUUGACUUUUUUCUUUUGAAUUAAUAAAGGUUGAAGAGAAUAUUAAAUUAUCAAAUCAAUGGUGUUUUUACCUUCGUAUGGGACCAUUCAAGCGGCGUAAAUAUGAAAAAUUAUAAUUAUUAUUUGAUUUAUGCGUAAAAAAGACUUUGUACGCGUAGAAAUUGUCGUUGAGAAAUUGACACUUGAUGCCUCGAUGACUCGAGGCUCGUCUAAUUAUUUUAUUAUUUUCAAGCAGCAACUGACAUCAGUAUCACCACAGUAUUGGCAUUGGAUAGGGUAGACGACAGACAGACGACAAAAUCUAGUAUAUAUUUUUUUAAUCAUUAACAAAUAUCUUUAGGGCAGAGGUUUUACGUGAAUAUCGCACGACACGACUGUGUGUCAUGAAAAAAGCGUUUCAAGUGUGUUUUAACUGACAUCCAUAAGAAAGAGGUUCUUCGACUGUAUGAAUAUUUUUUUAGUAAACUAAAAUACUCAAUUUAUCCAGAGAAUGUAGUGUUCUCAAGGUAAUAUUAUUCUCGUCUUCUUAUCUACUUAACUCUAUCGUACAGAUUCCAUUUAGCAUUUAAUAAGUCUUGGACUCGGACCAAUAAGGCAUUUAUGUUUUGCUUCCUUUGAUUGAAACUGCCGUUUUAUUCGCUCGUAAACGGCGUCGCUUACGCCUUGAAUACUGAGAUGUGCAUCCAACAUUACCAAUUAUAUUUUUGACCUUUUAACUAUUGAUUUCCUCGCAUCUUGGAAGAUAAGCACUGCAUAGUCAAGUACUCGUAAAUGCGGAAAAACACGAGGCAAUUGCUCAACAUACGUACAAUUUCCUUUAUUUCUUAUGUCAUUACAUAUUUGGAUACAGAAUAUAAAAAAAUCUUCAAACGAGAAUUAUCCUAAUAGCAUAGCAAUAUUUAAUAUGGCUCAGAGGAUCAGGAUAUUAUAAUAAUUGAUUCAGAAAGGUAACAGUUGUAUGGGCGCGAUCUUUUCUUUAUGGUUGUUGGUUUCAGGCCUAUUGUUACGAUAUUUUUGAUGUAUUGCAAUGUAUACUAGUGGUAUGGGUUACAACUGUGAACAGAAACAUCAUUAGCUGAUGAUGUAACAUCUAUAUGCGUGCUUUUAUGUCACGCCUGCCUUAUAAUUUCCUCUGAAAGUUGCUGAGUUGAAUGUGUGUACUAAAAUUAAAGAUAACAUGGUUUUUUUUUUAUCUAAAUAAUUAUUUAUAAUGUACAUUGCAUUUAAGGUUUUAGAAGCAAAGUUUCCUUUCUUUCACGAGAAAUGGUAAAUUGUCUACAGUUGCCAUGGCCUUAUAGAAUACGUCACUGUUUUGUAUUUCUGUGUCUGUCUAUCCAGCAAUAUGGAGACACUCAACUGCAAACAACAGUAUGAAUUCUAGUUGAAUUAGGUAUUCGUCGUAUUUUAUAACUUUAAUAAAAAAAUGGGUCACAUACUCUUUUACUUAAUCUUGAAUUUAGAUACAUACCUACUAACUUCAAACUUUGCCAAUUGGAAUUCGAUGGCCAAGUGAUCAGAGUUAGUGGUGAGGCCUAUUUAAUUGUAUACUAUUUUUUUUUUUGGUGGUUUAAGAAAAAAAAAUCUCGAUGUAACGUUAUUAUUUAAGUUAGCGUACUGUGAUACGGCUGAUAGAAAUCAAUAUGAUUAUGCUCAACAAUUUUCAUUUUCAUUUUUUAUAUUUAAUAGUACUAUGCAUUAAUCAAAUGUAGGAUUAUAUUAAAUAAAAAUUAAUUGUAUAGAUGAUGGCCCCAACUGUAACCUGUAUCUUUGAGUAUUAUAAGCAGAGCACAUGUUGAUGCCUUACACCGGUGUCAAAUGUUUGUCACUUCUUUUUACAUUAUGCGAAAGUUCUGGUUUUAUAUUUUGUUUGACAGAUUUUAUUAAUAUGCUCUAUAACCUAUGCCAAUGGCAAUGGUGCACAACUUGGUAUUUAAAUUCACUCGAGUUUUACAAGCCACUAUUGGGCUACGAUUACAUAAUCUACUAUUUUUGUCUUAACGUUUGGUAUAACCCACAGUGAAAAUACAAUUACAAGACGCCAACAGAAUUUCAACUUUAUUAAGGACAAGAGUAGCAGAGCGCAUUUGAUUAGAUCUACUCAACACCACGAGUGUAUUAAUAAAUAAAUUAUGUUUGCUUAAACACGUUUACACAUUACUCAUAUGUACUCUAGAUCUUGAGGUUACAGUUCUGGCCGUUCUUAUGAUUAUAAUGAUCUAUGUCGAUCACUAUAUCGAUCUAUGUCGGUGACAUUUAUGUUGAAAUUUAUAAUUUAAGGAUUACACUGAUAUAUGCUAGUCUUUAUUAUUAUAAUAAAUGUAUUACUUUAUGUAAGGAUAAAAUAUAUACGUAAGUUCUCUUGGAUAGUUUUGCGUACAAUUCUUCAUACUAUUUUAAUAAUCAUUGUAUGGGUAAGUGUUUUGUAUUAGACGGAGGGUAUUUGUAUUCUUGUGAAACUGAAUUAAUUCAAUCCCUAAUCAGGGAUAUAUCCCAUGUUAACCUCCAAAGCUCUGUAGAUAUCGCUUUAUAUUUAGAGGCGACGCUUCACUGCGGUGAUGCCAUAUUAUUACAAUAUACUCGAAAGUUUGUGUGUUAUAGUUAUAGCACACUCUGAAAACAGUUUAGGAGCAAGUGGACGCUAUGACAAUGCUCAAUACGGAUCGAAUUUAUUGAGGGCGGACCGAGGCUAGAAUCAAAUCCAUUAACGGCCGUUUUCAAUAACCUACCCAAGAUUAUGGAUAGCUAUCCUCGAUUAUCAGUAACUGUCAAACUAUCUUUACAUAGUUAAACUAUCUGUCAGUAGGUUAUUGAAAAGCAGGUAAGAACAGAAAGAUAGAUUUUCUUAACUUUACUUAGCGAAAUAACGAAUAGAUAGGUUAUUGAAAACGGCCGUAAGUGAUCGUUAUUUUUACUUCACUUCACUUAUCUUUGUUAUUAAUUAUUGCACUUAAAUCAAGGAUAUUUAACAGUAUCGUAUCAAAACGUACUAUGCUUUAACUGCUAUUUAGAUAUUUCCAACUUUUACAAUGCUUAAUGAACUGAUUUACAAAAUAACCAAUAAUUUCUUUCAUAAAUGAUUAUUUUUAUUUACCGAUUUCAAUUUUUUUUUCUAUACAGAUUUGUAAUAUUUUAUUGACUGACACGUGGCGCAGUUAGUAGUGACCCUACUCUCUGCAUCCACGGCCGUGGGUUCGAUUCCCACAAUUGGAAAACAUUCGUGUGAUGAGCAUGAGUGUUUUCCAGUAUCUGGGUGUAUUUAUACAUUAAAACAUACAUAAAAAAAGGAACAAAGAUUCCGAUGAAUUGAUAACCUCCACCUUUUUGAAGUCGGUCAAAAAUAAAUAUUAUAUGUAGUAUAUGGAUCAAUAAUUUAUAUCAUAAAAUCAGCUAUCUUAGUACCUAUAACAAAGGCUACGCUUUAUACUUACAAUAAUUUGUUUAUUAUUUCAUAAUUGCAUCAAAGUUUGUUUUUACAGUUUACUGUUUUUUUUUUCAUAUUCCUACAAAAAGAACAGGAAUUAGCUUUGCAUUUCUAGUCACGCGAGAACGUUUGGAAUUGAAGCAGGAUUUGAAUUGAACUGCGUUCAGAGUGUAUGUCGAAGUGUAUGCUGAGAUAUAGGUGACCUACAAUGCAGGGAUUUAUACAUGGCAAUAGACAAAUAUACGUCACGAAACAUACAUACCAACACCAUUGGCGUAUCUAGGAUUAUUUCCUAGGGUGGGCUUCGCCCCCGACAUCAAGUCUAUUAUUAGUAUCAUAUUAGAAUUCCACAUUGGUAGCCCCAAAUCCUAGGGUGGGCCGUUAUAUACGCCUAUGACCUACACUGUGCCACCUAGAACUCAGUAUAUGCCCAACAUUUUGUAUUUAAUGUACCUACGUAUAUCUAAUUAAAAUAUUUAUUGAUCAAGUGUCCAGUAAGUCAGUUGUUUAACUACACAGAAUUCCAUAUAUCCUCGUCCUCGUAUUUUUUUUUUAUAUUGUCGCUUAUUAUUUUUUUUUAUAAUUCACUGCAGCUUUUGAUGCCAGUCUGGUUAAGUUAAAACUUUGUUUUAUGCCCAGCCAAUCCUUUUCGAUAUUACCUUACGGAAUUUUUACAUCACUAUUAAAUAUUAGAACUUGUCAACCUAUUUCAGAGUCUCGGAGAUUUGUGUACCUAAACUACAAACAGUAAAAUUAUAAAGCCUUGAAUUCAUUAGUCAUACUAGGAUAGUAAAUCAUUUUUUGAAAUUAAUGUUACUAGGAUAUGCCUUCCUGAAACGACUUAUAUAUUUCACAUAGACUUGGCGCGUUUCUAUGCGCACAAAAUGGUCUCAUCUUUAUUAUUUCCCUAAUUCCAUAAUUUAGUUAAAUAAAAUAAUUAUUCAAAUAAGUAGGUACACUGAUUGUAUGAAUGACAACUGUCCUAAUUGAAUGCAAGGCUUUAUACUUAAAGAGAUUUUGAAUUCGACCUCGCUUCAAUUAAUGUAUGCAUAAUGCAAGCUAUUUGUUAGAAUAAAUAUAUAUAUAUGUGUACUGACAUCGUGUCCCCAUCCUUGCUUGCUGAUUAUUUACCUAAACCGCCCUCUCACUUACCUUUGUGGUUUAUAGUUAAUAGAAUCCAAAGAUAGACAUUGAUUACAUUCAGAUGUGCAGCUGUAAUGGAAUUAAUAAAAUGUUUUCUUUAUGAA